AUGCAAGACGUACAAACAUUCAUAUUUGUCUGUUAUAAUUUACGGCCAUCGGAUCUUCUUGCGAUGGUAUGCGUAUGCAAAUAUUUCAAAAAUGUUUUAGAUGAAAAUAUCAAUCCAUUAGCAGAAGAAAUUUGGAGAAAUUCUAGAAAUAGUUUUACAAUUUUUCGAGAUAAGGAACCACCGUCAGGAAUGAAUCAACAAACUUUUACGAGGCUAUUAACAUUUGAAAAAGGUUGUCAAUUUUGUAAAAAUAAAGAGAAAACGUUGACAAUCUAUUGGAUUCCUGGAGUUCGCUCUUGUCAAGACUGUAUGUUCCCAAGAAUUAUUAGUUCUGAUAUACUCGAAUCAACUUUUAAGAUCGAUAAUGAAGUUCUUGGAAUUAUUUUACCAGUAACGCCAAGUAUAGAUUUACCAAAAUCUCUAAAUAAGCAUACACAUUAUUGGAUCGAUCAUGUUAAGAAUGUUAUCGCGUUUCUUAUGAAUGCUGAUGAUAAUAUGCGACGCGCGUUAAAUAACUUAAGAAAAGAUGUCGGAAAGAAAUAUGAAGAGGUCCGAAAUUAUGAAAAAUGGAUGUUUAAUUUACGUCAAUCCUACCUUGGAGGACAAGAUGAUCUUUUUUCAAGAUUGCACGCUGAAAUUAAUAAAGAAACUUUAUCCAUGAUGCAAGAAGAUCAUGAAUACAAAAAAUUUAUGACUGAAGUCGAAAAUAAUCCUUUUUUAGAUUGGCGGCAAUAUAAAUCAAGAAUUUUACAAAUCACCCAAAGAAUUGAGAAUAAUUCAAAUCCAUUGUUAAACGUCCAAGGAAAAUAA